UGGUUUUGGUUCAAGGCAAAUGCUCUGCUCUGCUCUGCUCUUGUUGAAUUAUUUUGCAAACCUCAAACCAUUUCGUCGGCCUUCGUCGAACAGAGUUGCAAACUGUGCAAACAAGCACGUCGCCUACUUAAGCGCUCCCGCUGGGCUGAUCCAAGGCAUAUCCAAGUUAAGCAUCGACAAGGAACCUCAACCUCUCAACCUCAACAUGAAGCUCGUCUCGAUUACCUUUGUUGUGUGCCUGGUGGUUCUCUGCUGCCUGGAUGAUGCACAGGCCCAGAGCACCGACUCAACUUCGGCGCCAUCUACGAGCACCAGCAACAGCGGAAACGCCAAGAACGUGGUUGUCUCCAAUUUGAGGUACACGGCUGUCAGGCGCAUUCGUGUGGGCAGCUCCACCUCCAGCUCUGUGACCACUCGCAGUGCCUCAGUGCGCAACAGGAAGCUGAGGGCCAAGCGUGCUCAGGCCAAGCGCUCCAAGGGAAAGGCUCUCAACGGUCGGAGGAAAAGGGGCUAAGCUAAGGACUCGGGAACGGACCCCCAUCUGUUGUUCCAUAUUCUGACCUUGUUAUUUAUUCAGCUAAAAGUCAAAUGUUUUAUUUUUGAGCUCAUUCUAAACACACAAAAACACUUAAGUUUAUCGACGGGCGAAUUAAAUUAGAUAAAUACGUAAA